CCCUUUACACCCCAGCAGUGGUACGGUCCUUGUUGGACGCGUUCGGCUUGUUGACCGGCGGACAAUCCUCAUCAGUACCACCAGAACCCCGGAGCGCCCGCACACCGGCCCGUUACCGGCACAAAGCGAGCUCCCCCCUGCGCGUGCGUCCGUCCCGCCAUGAAACAGACUCUGAGCGAGCUGAUGAGGAUGAGCAGGAUAUGCCGGAUGGUUUUUGCCACUUGUUUGGGAUCCUUUAUUCUCGUCAUCUUUUAUUUCCAAAGUAUGUCCCAACCAGUAAUGCGGAGGAACCCUUUUGUGGUGGACGGCUGCUGUCGGAAAGGAUCUCGUAACGCCCUGCAGGAGCUCUACAACCCCACACAGUCAGAGUUGUCGGGAGCGGCGGUCCUCCACCAGGCGCGGAGGGAUCAGGUGGUGGACGCGUGUCGAGUCUACAGUGCUUCCAGUCGUAAGCGUAGGGUCCUAACGCCAGGAGACCUCAAACAUCUCGUGGUGGACGAGGACCACGAGCUCAUCUACUGCUACGUCCCUAAAGUGGCUUGUACCAACUGGAAGCGUGUGAUGAUGGUCCUCACAGGCCGGGGCAAAUACAGUGACCCGAUGGAAAUCCCUUCCAAUGAAGCCCACAUUCCUACCAACCUCAAGACGCUCAACCAAUACAGCAUCGCUGAGAUCAACCACCGCCUGAAGAACUACCUCAAGUUUCUCUUCGUUCGGGAGCCCUUUGAGAGACUGGUCUCUGCAUAUCGCAAUAAGUUCACCCUCAAGUACAACUCCUCCUUCCACAAGCGCUUCGGCACUCGCAUCAUCCGGCGAUACCGCAAGAACGCCACGCAGGACGCCCUGUACAAUGGCGCCGACGUGAAAUUCAGAGAGUUUGUAGAAUAUCUGGUAGACCCGGCCACGCAGCGCGACGGCCCACUUAACGAGCACUGGCAGACUGUGUAUCAGCUGUGCCACCCCUGUCACAUCCACUAUGACCUGGUUGGAAAAUACGAAACGCUGGAGGAAGACGCAAACUACGUGUUGCGGCUGGCAGGCGUCGGUAAUUCCUUGCAAUUCCCUAGCUAUGCUAAGUCUACUCGCACCACAGACGCCAUGACGGCUCAGUUCUUCAGCAAUAUCAGCACUCAGCAGCAGGUCCAGCUCUACCAGCUCUACAAGUUGGACUUCCUAAUGUUCAACUACUCCACGCCCAGCUACCUCCGGCUGGACUAAUGAUGGACAGAGCCGAGCUCUGGGAAUGGCUGCCUUGAUUAAGGAGAGGUGACUAAAGAAUGAAGGGUGGAUUUUCGUGGACGCAAACUUGAUUUCAAAAACUCGCUGUUUCUUGUAGGUGUGGCGUCGGAAACGUCAGCGGAUGGUGAAGGAAAGAAUAAGUGCGUGCUUGGUGUGGCAUAAAGGGAGCCUGUCCAAUCAGCUCUGGGCAACACGUGACAGAGAGAGCACUGAUUGGACACGCAUGCAUCGCGUGAAUAUGUUGGUGAAGCAGGUCUUCAAGGUGUUUUAAAAAGGGAACUCAACCUCAGAGGAUGGACUUGAAGAAUGACUCUCCUGAUGAUGUUCCCUACGUGUUUAAACAAAGUGCUGAAUAUUUGCAAGGCAAACGGUGGCUCUGGCGCACGGCCCCAACUUUGAUGCAUCAGAGAAGCUGAGCUUAUGCUCCCCGCCCCCUCCCUGCGAUCAAUGUGGAAACCGUCAAAUUGUAAAACACAUUCAUGUCCUUCACCGCGCAGUGACUAUGCCAUGUGUUUGUCAGUGCUUGUCACCUCAUGCAAUUCAAAGGAAAACUGCCUCAUUGCUGUGGCAAGGACGCCCCGUAACUCACGGCUACUGACUUCCUCUCAAAAUCUCUACAACUAUGGCGACAUGACCUCCAGCCAACUUCUAGCAAAACAAGCUCUGCCGUUGGGCUCGGUCAUUGCAGCGUUGGCAUGGAGACAACAGGCUUUCCAUCAGGAGGGAUGGAUGUGCUAAAUAUCCAUCACCUGUAUCACCAAGCAUCCUUAACGACUCAAAGGUUACUCGCCUGGUCGGGCACACCAAGUGCUUGUGAUGAAUGUGAGCGAAUCAGAAGCAACCUGUGUGGUUGCGUAAGGGUUAAAGUCACUGGAUCGCAUAACGCUGCCCCGCCCAGGGGUUCAGCGGACACACCCAGGGCCACGCCCCUCAAACCCCUGCUCGGAUGAACAUCUUUAAGUAAAUUAAAUUUUUUUUUGUCUUUAUGCUUUUUGUCUUAUAUGAACAAUUGCUGCGAGCAGCAACAAUUACAGAUUAUUUAAUUUGCAUAUGGAUUAAAUAUGAGAUUUAA